AUGGCUUUCGGUCUUUCCUGGCCCUAUCUAAUCGUUGGUUGUAUUUUUGCUUCUUUAGCAAGAGCAUCCAAUAUCUCAGAUGUAUAUCCCCCUCUGUGGAAAGAGAGUCCUGGUCAGUUCAGUGACUAUAAGAUGGAAAAUGGAAAGUAUAUCAUUAACUUCUGGCAUUAUCCUGAGAGAUUGGGGACGUAUAAAAUCCUACUGAACAAGACAGCCAAAUAUUUUGCAAAAUUUUCACCAGAAAAUGAACAAAAUAUUUUAUGGGGAUUGCCUGUACAUCAUGGAUGGCAAUAUCAGACAGGCAGAUUAGCUGAUCCCACGGAAAGUACGGACUGUGGCCGUAAAUCUGGGGCUCAUCUGUGCAUCUCUGUGGACAGUUGGUGGGCUGAUCUUAAUUAUUAUCUCUCUGCAAUGCCCUUCCUUGCUGCGGUUGAUUCUGGUAUAAUGGGGAUACCAUCAGACAAAGUCACCUUUCUGCCACCGCCCAAGGAUCAGAUGAAUUUUUGUUACAAUGUUUCUAGCUGUCAUUCAUCCUUUCCAGAAGCAAUGAAAAAGUGGAAUGAAUUUUACCAGCACGUGAAGUCACAUUCUAGUACCUUUGAUGACCUGUUGGAGUACUUAUGGGCUGCGCAUGUCUCAUCUUUGGAGAUUGCUCGUAAAAACUUUCACAAUAGAUUAAAAUACUAUUCUAAACAAGAAGCUGAUUUUGAAAGAAGCUGGGCUUUAUUUGUGGAUUAUUUAGCUCCACCACUCUUUCCUACAACCUUAAUUAGAACAUAUGAAUUCCAGAAGGAGCUGCCAAAACGCAUGCUUAUGAAUGAGGAUAGAGCCCCCUUCAUCCGUGACUUUAGUGGCUUUCAGAACACAGUCCUGUUUGCUCUAAGUGUUCUCCACAAAGUACAUAAGUACACAGGUACAUUAUCUUUUGUUUUAUGGAAAACUUUAAUGAAGUCAACAGUUGCAAGGAAACUGUUUCUAGAGAUUUUGGAAUUCAUCCUUCAUUCUUUCAAUUAA